UUGGAGUGCGUCAGAAGCGCAGUGCACGGCUAGCACUGGGCGUCGAGUUCUGUCUUCCCGUCAAAGGCGAAAGCACGUGCUUCUACAUCCCAAAAUUUCCUAAUGCCAAAAUCGCUUAGCUGACACCGACUUUGCCGAAAUAAGCCGGCAACAAAUGUAUUCAAUGGAGAUGAACAACUUGAUCAACUGUAGGAAUAUGGAGCAAGUAUAUUUUGACCUCCUCUCUGGACCCCUUCUAGAAGAUGAUGAUAAGGAUUUGCUUGACCCGGACUUGCCAUUUGAACUCCCCGACCCAUCUGUUGUUUUCGAAUCAGAAGUGGCGUGCUGGGUGCAGCAGAGUCCCAUUUGGGGCAAAAAUGUUCCUGAUAUAAAAAGUUCAGUAGAAGAGGAGGUUGAAGGGGACAUAAACUGGGUGAGUGAACUACCUGGCUGGAUCAAAGAGGUGCCAAAGAUAGAGUCUUCAGAGGAAGAUGAGGUGGAUGUUGUUUCUGUUGACGACGACACGAAGUCAUUUCAAAGCACAGAGCCUAGCACACCUACCAAGACAGACACUCAGCCUCUGCCAGACAAGAGCCCAAAGAAUGCAGCUGAAGGAGCACCUGUUGUUUCCAGUUCUCUGCUAGACCGUAUGAAAGCAGCCUCUGCAAAAAAGCGCAGUCCAAUCUUGAUUCAGCCUCCUGAACGAAGUCGUCCAUCAAAGAAUGACGCAGCUACCAACACGGCGCCAUGUCCUGCUGCCACCCCUGACCAUGACUACUGCACAGCAGCCAAGGGUGGUUCCAGGGCUGAAAACCACUCGGGGAAACGUGAUCAUGCUGUGGUGAGACCUGUGUCCAGAUCACCAUCUGUAACCAGGAGCUACCGCCCACAAAAGCGCAGCGUGGCAAGGCGGCCUUCACGAUCACCUAGGCGGCGGCGGCGGUCUCGCUCCAGCUCUCCGUCUUCCGGAAGUUCUUCAUAUGGAUCAUCUGAUGACUCAGUGCGACAGCGGUCUCGGUCGUCCCGGCGUUCUCGUGACUGCCAUAGUUCAUGGCGGCCGCAGCACUGCCAAAAGGAGCCACGGAGGUUUAUGCCUUCCCCACCACGUCGACGAAUUCCAGAUCAGAAGGAAGAAAGACGUGUGAUUUAUGUUGGAAACAUCCCCGAAGGGACAACUCGGCUUGCUCUGCGUGAAAGAUUUGCUCGUUUUGGUCACAUAGAGGAAGUCAGCGUGCACUUCCGGGAUCACGGGGAUAACUACGGGUUUGUAACAUUUCUGCGGGGCUCUGAUGCGUAUGAGGCUGUCGAACAUGGCAACGAUGAUCCCAAGCUUCCGCGCUUCGACCUCUGCUUUGGUGGACGCCGACAGUUCUGUCGAACCAACUGGGCUGAUCUAGACUCUCAGUACGAGAGGUAUUACUACAUCCAGCGAGAGCCACAUGUUAACAACCUUGACUUCGACAGCCUGCUGCAAGCAGCAAAGUCGAAAAUCCAAGGCUCCCAACAAUACUGACAUCUGUGGACCUUAUGGUGUUUUCCUUUUAAUGGCGCCACACCCGUAGAGGGUUGGCUUGUGCCUGGACUGCUAUUAACUUAUUCUUCUGAUGAUGUGAGGUGCUAUAUAGGAAUCAUAUUUAAUGUGUACAGAAUCCUAAGUGGGCUAGGAGAGUGUAAAUACAUGCGGGGUUCCUUUUUAAUCAUUUAUGACCUUAAUGGAUUGAAUCAUCCUGAAGACGAGCGUCAGGCGUGGAAGUGUUUUUAUGGCUUGGCAACUUGUUACUAUUACUCUCCUUUGUUAUUUCAUGCAGCACGUUUUUUUUUUGCUGAGUGUUGCAGUACUUUUGUGGCCAUCGUUAAAGAGAUUGGAGCAUUAUAUUUUAUCAUGUGUGCCAAGCACAAUAUUGUUGCUUACUCUUGUUUUAUUGUUUUGCCAUGUAAACAUGGAACAUUUUGCCUUUACAAUGUGGGGCAGGGAUCAGGGAGCAGUUUUUCUUGUACAUAUCCAUGUAUUAUAGUGCAAAUGGCUGAUUUAUGUUCAAAUGUCUUAGUGCAGCAUGUCAUUGUAAUUUACCUAGUAACUAAUAGUUUUCAUUGAACAUUUGUGUAGUCCACCGCAUGUUCCUUCAUGUUCAACAUGAGCUGUUUUGAUGGGACUUAGUAACCAACCAUUCAGCAUGUGCUGUUAAGGGGCAGCUCUGGUAAUUUUUUUCGGUAUACACAUCGCAUCACAAAAGUAUUUAUUGUAUGCAGUGCGCAAACAAUUUAUUCAUUAUGGUUGAACUUGUCUCAAGAUGUCGUUGCUAGCCCUCCUGUUCCAUCGACUACCUGUUCUAGCAUCAGCACUGAUGAUGCAAGCAGAAAUUCUCUGGGCUGCCCAGUCUGGUUUUCGUUUUGUUUUCUGCUUAUUUAAAAUUAUUUCUGCAUUCUUAUAUGAAUUGAGCUGUCUCACAUGUGAAACAUAACCAGCCUGGGAACCCUUUGGUCUCAAAUUUGAUACCCUGGACAAGCACAAACUUCAACUGUGAAGCAUCGUGAGAAAUCUGAGUUUCCUUUGUAGCUUCAUGCUACUGUCGGGUUGAAGACAAUUUUCUCUUCAUAAAGGGCCCCUCACUGGCCAUGCAGCAAAUUUUGGUUAUACGCUGGAAGUUGUUACAUGCCUUCUAGAGAGUGUUUCAUCACAAGAAUUUUAAAUGCGUGUGCAUUUCUACGCCUACACAACGAGGAAACUCAUCCGCCACGUAAGGCGACUGCUUUCAUUAUAGGGCCCACAGCAGCAUAAAGCGAAUUUACCUUCGUGCUGCCUCUCACUUCAACACAAACUAAGCAGCAAGAACACCGUGCACAUGAUGCUAUCGGUGCACUGUGUCCCCAUCGGAGAUCACCUUCAACAUGAGGCCUACGCAUCUCGCGUCAACGCGAGCUAAGCGGUGAAAACGCAGCACACGUGAAGGUAUCAGCACUCGGCGCACUCUGUCCCCAUUGCCGAUCGCUUUCAACGUAAAACCCGUGCCAUGCCAUAUACAACCGCUGCCGGAAUAUGGUUCAUCACGGUUUAUAGUAAUUCGACACAGAUGGCGCUAAAGAGCAAUAAUGGCUUGUAACAAUGGGAACUUCAUCAGUGCACCUGGUGCUGCCACCUGUGGUAGUUUUUUUUGUAUCAUCAAUUCACCUUGCACUGCCAUUUGCAGCAGUUCAUGUUGACGCAGCACUGUCAUUUAUACUGGUUGGA